AUGGCAUUAAAAAAUGAAGAUGGUGAAGUAUCAAGGCGUCAAGAUAUUCAGAUCAAGGAGUAUGAAGAUUCGAUGGGUAUUCAAGUGUUCAGUAUUGGGAUAUUUGAUAUUGGAGUAUUUGGUAUCGGGGUAUUAGGGUUAUAUAGGGUCGUUGGUAUUAGGGUAUUUGGUAUUGGGGUAUUUGGUAUUGGGGUAUUUGGUAUUGGGGUAUUUGGUAUUGGGGUAUUUGGUAUUGGGGUAUUUGGUAUUGGGGUAUUUGGUAUUGGGGUAUUUGGUAUUGGGGUAUUUGGUAUUGGGGUAUUUGGUAUUGGGGUAUUUGGUAUUGGGGUAUUUGGUAUUGGGGUAUUUGGUAUUGGGGUAUUUGGUAUUGGGGUAUUUGGUAUUGAAGUGCUUGGUAUUUGGGUAUUUGGUAUUGGGGUAUUUGGUAUUGAAGUGCUUGGUAUUUGGGUAUUUGGUAUUGGGGUAUUUGGUAUUGAAGUGCUUGGUAUUUGGGUAUUUGGUAUUGGGGUAUUUGGUAUUGAAGUGCUUGGUAUUUGGGUAUUUGGUAUUGGGGUAUUUGGUAUUGAAGUGCUUGGUAUUUGGGUAUUUGGUAUUGGGGUAUUUGGUAUUGAAGUGCUUGGUAUUUGGGUAUUUGGUAUUGGGGUAUUUGGUAUUGGGGUAUUUGGUAUUGGGGUAUUUGGUAUUGGGGUAUUUGGUAUUGGGCUAUUUGGUAUUGGGCUAUUUGGUAUUGGGGUAUUUGGUAUUGGAGCAUUUAGUAUUGGGGUGCUCGGUAUCGGGAUAUUUGGUAUUGAGGUAUUUGGUAUUGGGGUAUUUGGUAUUGGGGUAUUUGGUAUUGGGGUAUUUGGUAUUAGGGUAUUUGGUAUUGGGGUAUUUGGUAUUGGGGUGCUUGGUAUUGGGGUAUUUGGUAUUGGGGUAUUUGGUUUUGGGGUGCUUGGUAUUUGGAUAAUUGGUAUUAGGGUGCUUGGUACUUGGGUAUUUGAUAUUGGGGUAUUUGGUAUUCAGGUGCUUGGUAUUUGGGUAUUUGGUAUUGGAGUGUUUGGUAUUGAGGUGUUUGGUAUUGGAGUGCUUGGUAUUUGGGUAUUUGGUACUGGGGUGUAUAGCAUUUGGGUAUUUGGUACUGAGGUGUAUAGUAUUUGGGUAUUUGGAAUUGGGGUAUUUGGUAUUUGGGCAUUUGGUAUUGGGGUAUUUGGUAUUGAAGUGCUUGGUAUUUGGGUAUUUGGUAUUGCUAUAUUUGAUAUUUGA